AGUGCGGACCUGCAGAAACUUCACGGGACGGUAUGUUGGGGCAGUCCCGGCUCCCUCACUCCUCAGCCCUCCCCUUCCCUCUGCCCUCCCCCUCCCCCUCUCCUUCUCCACCCUCUCUCUGCCCUUCGCACUCCGCCUUCCUCCCUUCCCUACCCCCUUGCUCCUUUCCCCUCCCUCCCUUCUGCCCUCCCCUCCCCUUCCUCCUCACUGCCCUCCCCCUUCCCUCUCUCCUCCCUCUCCCCUCCGCCCUCCCGCUGCUCCUCCUCCCCUCCAGAUCUGGGUCCCGGGCCUUGAGCAAAAUCUGACGCAGGGCCCGACACGAUUUCCCCCUCUGCCGGAACCUCUGCUGCCCGCCCCGCUGUGCUCAGCCGCUUGUCCCUCCUGCUCUGGGAUUGUCCUGUUUUAAUGCAGACGGGAGGUGCGGUUCUGCGGCGGGAGGAGCUGGUUCCGGCUUCCGAACGGAGGAGCCUUCAGUCGAGCUGGGAUCCAAUAAGCAGAGGAUUUGUUUAUGGGAAUCUCAAACACAACAUCAGCGAAUUCACACUGGGGAGAGGCCGUUCACCUGCUCUGAGUGUGGGAGGGGAGUCACUCGGUCAUUCCAGUUGCUGAUGCACCAACAAAUUCACAAAGAGGCCGUGUAUCUGCACUGAGUGUGGGAAGGGCUUCCUUCAGUUAUCCCUCCUGUUGAGACACCAGUGUGUUCAUACUGGGAAGCAGCCGUUCUCCUGCUGAACGUGUGGUAAGGGAUUCGCCCAGUUAUUCAGCCUGAUGACACACCAGCGAGUUCACACCGGGGAGAGGCUGUACACCUGCUGUGAGUGCGGGAAGGGAUUCACUCGGUCGUCCCUUUUGCUGAGGCAUCAGAGAGUUCACACCGGGGUGAAGCCGUACACCUGCUUCGAGUGUGGGAAGGGAUUCACUUGGUCGUCUGUUUUGCUGAGGCAUCAGAGUGUUCACACUGGGGAGAAGCCGUACACCUGCUCCAAGUGUGGGAGGGGAUUCACUCAGUCGUCUGAUCUGCUGAUACACCAACGGGUUCACACUGGGGAGAAGCCGUACACGUGCUGCGAGUGCGGGAAGGGAUUUACUCGGUCGUCAAAUUUGCAAAUGCACCAGAGAGUUCACACCGGGGAGAGGCCAUUCAUCUGCUCAACGUGCGGGAAGGGAUUCACACGUUCAUCCUAUUUGCUGACACACCAGAGAGUUCACACCGGGGAGAGGCCGUUCAUCUGCUCGACGUGCGGGAAGGGAUUCACUCAGACGUCUGAGCUGCUGAUACACCAGCGGUUUCACACUGGGGAGAGGCCGUACACCUGCUCCGAGUGCGGGAGGGGAUUCACUCGGUCAUCCCAUUUGCUGACGCACCAAAAAGUUCACACUAGGGAGAGGCCGUUCUCCUGCUCAACGUGUGGUAAGGGAUUCACUCAGUCGUCGCAGCUGCUGAGACACCAGCAGGUUCACACCGGGGAGAAGCCGUACAGCUGCUCCGAGUGCGGGAAGGGAUUCACUUGGUCAUCCCUUUUGCUGAGGCAUCAGAGAGUUCACUCCGGGGAGAAGCCGUACACCUGCUCCGAGUGUGGGAGGGGAUUCACUCAGUCAUCUGAGCUGCUGAUACACCAGCGGGUUCACACUGGGGAGAAGCCGUACACCUGCUGCAAGUGCGGGAAGGGAUUUACUCGGUCGUCAAAUUUGCAGAUGCACCAGAGAAUUCACACCGGGGAGAGGCCGUACACCUGCUCCGAGUGUGGGAAGGGGUUCACUGAUUCGUCCCAUUUGUUGAGACACCAGCGAGUUCACACUGGGGAGAGGCCGUACACCUGCUCCGAGUGUGGGAAGGGAUUCACUCAGUCGUCUGAGCUGCUGAGACACCAGCAGAUUCACACUGGGCAGAAGCCAUACACCUGCUCCGACUGCGGGAAGGGAUUCACUCGGUUGUCAAAUUUGCUGACACACCAGCGAGUUCACACUGGGGAGAGGCCGUUCAUCUGUUCAACGUGUGGGAAGGGAUUCACUCGGUCAUCCUAUUUGCUGACACACCAGAGAGUUUGCACCGGGGAAAGGCCGUACACCUGCUCCGAAUGUGGGAAGGGAUACACUAUGUCAUCCAGUCUGGUGACGCACCAGCGAAUUCACACUGUGGAGGAAGAUUAAACAUGCUGUAUGCUCAAUAUACAACCAUCACUGCUACUGAAAUCUGGUGCAAAUUCACAAGUGUUACAGGUGUUCACAGGGGUCGGAUUCUGUUGAUGCUGCUGAUCUUGCCCAGGAUUGAACCCUGGUCAUUGGGCACAGUUGAUUUUCUUUUGUACUAUCUUUCACUGAGUUAGAGUUCAAUGUUCUGGAUCUCUGAUUAAAAUAAAGCAGUUCUG